AUGCCUUUCUGCUGCACUUCCAUGGGCGGAAAAAGUUCCCCAGCUGACGAUGGAAAAAUGGCCUCGAAUCGUCCUUCCCCUCCCCCGCUGGGGGUCCAGCGGCCAGAUCUCUCCAAUGGAGGGGGCUGUAGGGUUCGAGGGGGGGGGCUCCCGGACGCUGCACAAAAAGGUUACCCCCCCAUCCUUCCUGGCUCGCUCGGGCGCAGCGGUCACAAUAGGGCUGCACCCUGCGCCCCAGCCGGCGCCGGAGCCUUUGCAGCGGCCGUGUCCAGGCCGCAGGCGAGUCGGCCGAAGCGGGUGCACCCGAAGCUCGCCUUCCUGACUGCAGGCCUGCUCGGUCCACGGCUGCAGGGCCCAGAGGCCGGAACGCGGCAGGGGGAGAAACGGAGGCAGCCGGCGAAGCCAAGUCAGGACAGCAGCAGCUGCUACAGCUUGACAAACAUGGCUGCUGCCGACGCCGCCGCCGCCUGCCCGGGCCGCGCUCCUUCCCGCAGCGGCGGCAGCACCUCCUGGCCGAACCGAUCGCACUUAUCAAUAUUCAGCAGCAAGCAAAGUUUGCUGCAGGAGGGCAGCCGGCCCCGUGCCCCCAGCCGGCUACCUGAGGGGAGGCGGAGGCCGAGGUGCGCGCGGGAGGCCGGCGGGGCACGGGCCGCGCGGGGAGGAAGUUCGCGGCGGCCCGGCCGGCUAGGCCUGAGCCCGGUUGGUAGUGAUGGAGGGGGAGGGGGCCUGCGGCUGGAACGCCGCCGGCCACCAACCCUGCGCCGCGCCCGGCCCUCUCCCGCGCCCCUCACCUCACGGCCACCACCAUCUUCCCCGCCCGGCCGCCUCCUCCCUCCAGCUCGCGCCUGCCCGCCGCCUACCCCAGCGGGAGAAGGCAGCAAGCGCGACCUGCCCCGGCCUAUUCCGCCGCCGCCUCCUCCUCCUCACACCCCCACCGCGCGCGCCCCCGCGGCGGCGCGUGCGACCGAGCGCCUCGCGCCGGCCCGCGUGCGGCUGGGGCCCCGAGUGCGCGCGCACCCCUUCCCCCACGGCGCGCGCUCCGUCGCUUCACUCUUCGGGGUUCAGGGCGGGGGCCUCGCGCGCCUCCCUGGAGUGUCCGGGCCUGCGGGCGUCGUGGGUGGCACUCCAAUCCCCUCACCUACCUCGGGGCGCUGCGCCAGCCCCGGGCUGCACCCGGUUCCAACACCCUACGGGUCUCAAGCCCCAGCCCCGGGGGCACCUGGCCGAGCUGAGGCCUGUCCGACCGCCCCGCCAGCCCCGUUCGGGCCCGCGUCAGUCCCGGCCUCCAUCUUAGGUUACAGCCCGGGUUCCCCAUCCACUGGGCACCUGCACUCAGCCCGCUCGGCUCGGCCCGAGGCCAAGGCAACCCCCCUUCUACCGCGGGGCUCACCUGGGGGCUUGGGCUGGGGUCUUCGAAGCCUCAGGCCCCGAGCAGGCGCGGUCGCAGGUGAACCCCCUGCCCGGCCGCACCCCAAGCCCACACCACCACCACCACCACAGACCAAGCUGAGCAGGAAACAAAAUGGAGGCAGCAGCUCGGGUCUGCCUCCCCGAGCCAAGCCUGUGCAGCCCCAGGGCUCCCUCCAGCCGCAGGCCCGACGCCCGCGAGGCAGGGGGCUGGCUCGUCCCGGGCACCAAAGGCAGCAGCCUUAG